AUGGACGAGAAAUGGAAUGCUACUCCCGCUCCUGCACAAUCCGCCAGCAUGACAGACGAAGAAUGGCAAGUCCAUAAAGCCAAUCCUACCAACUGGUCCGCGGCCCAGAAAGGAUACCAAGUCUUCGCAGUGUCAUUUCUCAGCUUCUGGAUAAACGGAGCUUCGUCCAGCUACAUCACAGGACGCCAAUAUGUUGCCACUGCUCUUCAUGUGAGCACGGAGCUGAGCAUUCUUCCCAUGCCUAUGUCGACAUUAGGCCUUGUCUUUGGGCCCAUCAUUGCAUGCAGCGCCAAUGUCUGA